CCUUACCUUUUAUGGACAACGCUGGCAAAGCCGAGAGCGCGAAUAAAACCGGCUCUGUGAAGGUGGUGAUGCUGCAUUCACCGAGCACAGCUGGGGCAGAGAAACACUUGAUAACCUCACCAAAAGACACACCCGAGACUCACCUGCACAGACAUGGAUGAAGACGUUGCUGCCCUGGUUGUUGACAAUGGCUCCGGCAUGUGCAAAGCCGGUUUCGCCGGAGACGAUGCCCCCCGUGCAGUCUUCCCCUCCAUCGUGGGUCGCCCCAGACAUCAGGGUGUGAUGGUAGGAAUGGGACAGAAGGACAGCUACGUGGGAGACGAGGCCCAGAGCAAGAGAGGAAUCCUGACCCUGAAGUACCCCAUCGAGCACGGUAUCGUCACCAACUGGGACGACAUGGAGAAGAUCUGGCACCACACCUUCUACAAUGAGCUUCGAGUUGCACCUGAAGAGCACCCAGUCCUGCUGACUGAGGCUCCUCUGAACCCCAAAGCCAACAGGGAGAAGAUGACACAGAUCAUGUUUGAGACCUUCAACUCUCCUGCCAUGUAUGUGGCCAUCCAGGCUGUUCUGUCACUGUACGCCUCCGGUCGUACCACAGGUAUCGUGCUUGACUCCGGUGAUGGUGUCAGCCACACUGUGCCCAUCUACGAGGGUUAUGCUCUGCCUCAUGCCAUCCUGCGUCUGGAUCUGGCUGGCAGAGAUCUGACAGACUACCUGAUGAAGAUCCUGACUGAGAGAGGCUACAGCUUCACCACCACUGCUGAGCGUGAAAUCGUGCGUGACAUCAAGGAGAAGCUCUGCUACGUCGGUCUGGACUUCGAGCAGGAGAUGCAGACCGCAGCUUCCUCAUCUUCCCUGGAGAAGAGCUACGAGCUUCCUGACGGCCAGGUCAUCACUAUUGGAAACGAGAGGUUCCGCUGCCCUGAGGCGCUCUUCCAGCCUUCAUUCCUCGGUAUGGAGUCUGCUGGCAUCCACGAGACCACCUACAACAGCAUCAUGAAGUGCGACGUUGAUAUCCGUAAAGACCUGUACGCCAACACUGUGCUGUCUGGAGGCACCACCAUGUACCCCGGCAUCGCUGACCGUAUGCAGAAAGAGAUCACCAGCCUGGCACCACCCACCAUGAAAAUCAAGAUCAUUGCUCCACCAGAGAGGAAGUACUCCGUCUGGAUCGGCGGCUCCAUCCUGGCCUCCCUCUCCACCUUCCAGCAGAUGUGGAUCAGCAAGCAGGAGUACGAUGAGUCCGGCCCCUCCAUCGUCCACCGCAAGUGCUUCUAAGAAUCUUGACAACGUCCUCCUGGCCUCCUUCCUCACCCUCUGCCCCAGCGGAGAAGUUAACGUGCUUUUCAGCUGUUCCAUCCAGGGCCAUAUGUCUCUGGUUUAUCUUGUGUGAACAGACUAAAAGAUGCGUGAUGCCACAUACAAGAUGAAUCAAGCGACGGUUAACAUUUUAAUAUCUCAGCUCGGCAGAUCCCAAAGCAACCGAUCCACCAAAGAACUCUGAGCAAUUUUUCUGAACACAUUCCUGCUCCUGUGGUGAUAAAGAAAGCAAAGUAUUACCACUGAAUAUUUUUCUACCCCCUUUUGUAAAAUGCAGUAAAUAACAUCAAUAUUCUUUUGAUCUCCUUGUUAUCUCUUGUAUCAUCAAGAGUUUAACUGUAUCCAUAUCAACACGAUUGUGUACUUUAUCAAUAAAAUGCCAACAUUGUUUAAA